AUUAAGCGGGCUCGUAGCAGCAGCCCCCGCGGUCCCAACUUGCGUGCGCGGGGUGCUCCGUUUGUUCUUGUGGUGCUGUCUUAGGGGGUUUUGUUGGUGGUGUUUUUUUUUUUUUUAAAUCCCUUCUGCAGAGCGGUGAGUGCUGGUGCAUUUUCUUGCGGCCCCUCUAAAGCCAGCGAUGGCGGCAUAAAGCGGUUUCUUGCAAAAAAUAUUACUUGUGUGAUGAUCUGCUCCAGGUUGCCGAAAAGUAUCCUCUAAAAAAGAACUCAAGUGUGACCAUAACUAGAAAAUAUAGAUCAUGGAUGGCAAAACUCCUUCGUGUACUUAACAUGGCAUCAAGACUUCAUCAAAAAGUUGCUUUAAAAGAUGGAAAAACUCAGUGUAAGAAGAUGCAUGUAAUGCUGAACAGCCCUGUGGGAAGAAUUGAAAUAUCUGGAUGUGGAACAGGUGUACAUGAAAUACAACUUAAGGAAAAUGCUCUGUCACAAAACAGCACUAAGGAGGCCUCAGUUACUUGUGAGGUAUGCGAAGGCCCAGAGGAAAUGACAGAACCACUGAAACAGUGCACAGCCUGGCUUCAGGCCUACUUCUGUGAGCCCUGGAUGACCGAGAAACUUCCUAUGCCUCCCUUUCACCAUCCAGUUUUUGAACAAGAUUCAUUCACCAGGCAAGUGCUAUGGACCCUGUUGAGAGAUGUGAAAUUUGGAGAGGCUGUUUCUUACAAGCAAUUAGCAGACCUGGCAGGCAACAGCAAAGCAGCAAGAGCAGUGGGAGGAGCAAUGAGAAGCAAUCCUGUUCCGAUUCUAAUACCAUGCCACAGAGUGAUUUGCAGCAGUGGACAGACUGGCAACUACGGAGGAGGAACUCAUCUGAAACAGUGGCUUUUGUCACAUGAGAAGCUUCAGAAAGAAAAGUUAGCAUAUUGAUGCAGUUCAGCCACAGCUGUUAUACAGCCAAAACACAUAACCAAAGAUACUUGGCUUAUAACAAGCUUUCAGAACACACAGUAGAAUUCAGGAAAAUGGUAAAUAUUUGAGUGACAUAUAAAUAUAAUACAACAUCCGAAGUGAAAUGUGUGGUGGCACUACUAUAUUAAAAAAGCUGGAUGUGUCCUAGGGGACGCAGCUUGUAUGCCCUUUCUUGUUUUUACAUUUUACAGCAGAAUGAGUACAGCGGACUGUGCCUGUUGUGCAUGUAUUUUGUUCCCAUCUCCAGUCCUGUUUUGUUCUAUUUUUAAUGUCCAUUAAAGCAAGGAUAAGGGAGUGGGAGGGGCAUGGCAAAUGUUAGGUGCAACUGCCCCUCUAAGGAAGCAUCUGGCUCACAGAGGGGACAGCCGGCAGUCUGAAGCCUUUGCGUGUUUCUGAGAGCAAAAUGAAAUGCAAAAGCUUCAGCACACACCUCCCUGUUCCUGCCUAGCUUUGUAUUUGUCCAGAUUGAAAAGCUUGUACCUCUGCCAGGAUUGGUGCCCAAGAUUCUCCUGUUUUUCUUUGAUGUUUGAACUGUUGAAAUGAUGUUUUACGUAAACAGUUGUUAAUUAAACACAUUGAGAAUCAUUCAAAAGGAAAUGGCUAUUGAAUUGCCUAUUCACAGCUUUUUCUUUUCAAAUUGUUUGAGAUGCUUAAAAGAUAUGAAUAAAAAUUAUUGUCUUUAUUAACAUUGCAGUAAGUAGACAGAAAAGUAGAUGCUGGUAAAUUAUUUUAUGCCAAAUAAAGAGCUUUUUUCAAAUUAAGCAGUUACGUUACCGUAGUUUUCUCAAAAAAUUUAAAUUGUUAUAUUUUUUGAUAAGUAAUAUUGUGAUUAUUAUUUUAUUUAGCUUUCAUGUGCAUUAUACAAUACUCUGCGUAGUUAGGGGAAAGCUUUUUUUUCAUAUAGGUUAUCCAUAGAAAAUAUAGGCAGUGAAAGGAUAUUGAAGCUAAAAUUUCUGAUUACUUAAAAAGGAUUCCAUGAAAGUAAAAUAUUACAAACUACCAAGAGCUGAAAUUUUCAGUCUGGGAGUCAUAAAUUAUAACAUGGAAAUACUGAUUUUAUGGUUUUUUUUUCAUAUUCUUGUAGGUGUCUCUUUAGAAAGCUCAUUGCUAACAAAGAAAUUACUGUAUUAUAUUACAAUGUAUUACUUUGUUAAUGCAGCAUUAUUGAUAUCUUACCUUUUUAAUAAAGUUAUGUUAUGCAUGUA